AUGAACUUUUAUAAGCAAGCUGCGGAUAUAUUAACAAAAUUAUCAGCUAGAGAAGGUUCAAUUAAGUCACUUACUCUAGCAGAUACUGUUAAGGAUAAGAAAAAAAUAAAUAUUGCUAUUUUGUUAGUACAUGAUCUAUUAUUUUCUUCGGGAGGGAUAAAGAAUUUAUCAGAUGGUCCUUACAAAACCGCAAUCAUGAGAAAUGAAAUUAUGCUGAGAGCCGAACUCGUUAAAUUAAAAAUCAAAUCAAAGGUGAAAUAUAAUGAAGAUUUGAUAUCAUCUGAUUAUCGUAAUUCAGGUAAUAUUGAUUUGGCAAAUCAUGAACCUUUUUAUGUGAGAGAUGCUAAAAUGCAUUCUAUUACAGUCGUUCUUCCGCGUUAUGUUCGUGUUAAUACUCUUAAAACUACCGUUAAAAAAGUUAUUGAACACUUUCAAUUGAAAGGAUAUGUGCUUGAAGAACCAAUUAAAGUGUUGUCGGACAUAAGCACAAGGACCAUACGCAAAGAUUUUCAUUUACCUGAUUUAUUAAUAUUACCACCAAAGACUGACCUUCAUGAUCAUUCGCUAUAUCUUUCUGGUGAAAUAAUCCUUCAAGAUAAAGCUUCAUGCUUUCCUGCUUAUAUUUGUUCUCCACCAAUUGAUUCACAUGUAAUAGAUGCAUGUGCAGCACCGGGAAAUAAAACUUCACAUCUUUCGGCUAUAAUGAAAAAUACUGGGAAAAUUUGGGCCUUUGAUCUUGAUAAGAAAAGAUUAAGGUUAUUGGAGAAAUUAACUCAAAAAGCCGGAUGUAAAAAUAUUGAAGCGGUACAUGGAUCUUUUUUGGAUGUGGAUCCUUUAGAUGAAAGGUAUUCUAAGGUUGAAUAUAUUUUACUUGAUCCAUCUUGUUCCGGGUCUGGCAUUGUAAACCGACUGGACAAAUUAGUUGAUGCUUUUGAACAAGAAACGGAUCAAUCCGACACAAGUCAAAAAUCACAAGAUCUACGAUUAAAAAAUUUAAGUGAAUUUCAAGAAAAGAUCAUUUUACACGCAUUCAAAUUUCCUUCAGCGAAAAAGAUAAUUUAUUCAACAUGUUCAAUACACCCUCAAGAAAAUGAACAAGUUAUUCAACGGGUAUUAAAACAAACUGAUGAUUUUUUAUUGGCUAAUCGAAACGAUGUUGUACCAACUUGGGAAAGACGUGGUAUUUCAAGUGAAUUCAAUGAAGUAGAAACUGCCGAUAAACUUAUUCGAACACUACCAGAAGAUUUUACGAAUGGAUUUUUUGUGGCAUGUUUUAUUCGUAUUUCGGAAAAUGAAAUAAAUGAUAACACUUCUAACCUGAAAACUUGA